CAUAUGUUAAAAUAGGGCUUAGUAGACUUCCGGAUCUGGGAAGACCAGCAAGCUACCCAAAGAUGCACAAAGCUCUGACUGCAUCUCGUUAAUAGAAGCGCUGUUUAGCCAGUGCUAGUGCUAGCCAGUGUGACAUUUUUGUCAAGUUUGGAAUAAGUAGCAUGUUGCAGUCGUUGUAUUUCUUAUUAUUUUAUCCAACUGUAAUGCAUGUCUGCUACUUACUCUGUGCGGGAUAAUGUUAUGUGUGGUGUUACCAGGUUCAGACAUCAGAAGCUUUGGUUUUCAUUAAUAAAAAAAAAAAAUAGUUCUGCAGCGUUUAACUUCAUGAAAAUUAAUUCCAGUGGCUAACUGCAUCUGCAAACAGUACCUGGAAUAAAAUUUCAAGAUAUGACCAGAGGGAAAAGUUUUCUGAGGUUUUGUCCUUGCUGUGUAAGUGGUGCUUAUACAUAGUUUCAUUUUGGUUAUUCACAGAAGACAAAGACCUUCUAAAAUACACAUCUAACUUGAAUUAUACAAUUUUAUCUUGAAUAUCUAUUUUAUUUUUAAUGCAUAUCAGAGAAAGUAUGGUGAAUCAGACUAUCUUAUAACAUAGUAGUACAACUGUAAACUGAAAUGCAGAAUAAAACUCCAGGGAGUUUUUUUGGUCAUUAGAUUGUGGUGACAUGGAGGUUUGGAGCAGACUCAAGAUGAAAGGUGUAGAAAGACAAAUAGACAUAGCAUGGGGAGAAAAAGAUGAAAAACACUGCCCUUUGUACACUUCAAUAACAUAAGUUUAAAAAACUCCAGGCUACAGUGAGGGUUCAUCUGAUCUUCCAGACAGCCUGACACAGUAAUUUGGAAGAAGUAGAUACUUCAUAUAGCUAAGCAUUUAAUACAUUUAAAACCCAUUCCCUUUGACUCUGUCCACACUGUUCAAGUAAUGAUUGUGUGGAUAAGAGAGGGUCUAGCAGCCAAAUCUUGCAUAUUCACUGUGACUGAAAGCGUCAUCGGUGGUUAAUUUUUAUAGUUGCAUGUCCUUUGAUGAUGAUCCUGUGUCUGGCUCUUGUGAAGGAAGGCCUUCUUACCCCAUCAGUUUUGCAUGAUUUGAGGAAGAGAGGAGGAGAUUUCUGGCAGGCAGGAUUACUUGACUCCUUUUGCAGUACUUUACGUAGGAUCUCAAAGUUGCUAAUCCUUCACUGCUUGCUUCUGUCCUGUAAGAGUUGAUGGGCCAACAGUAUACUGUCUUAUUAAUGACUGGUGUGUUGUUUAUGAAUGUGCACCUUUAGUACGAGGUCAGGGUGGCUCUGGUGAACCAGACUGGUGUUUUAGUUUUCCUGCUUUUGGCUUCUCUAUUUGGCAUUAUGGGAAGUAGAGUGUAGGAAAUGAAAAGAGGAAGCUUUGGAAAGCUCCCAUGGAGGAACAAAAGAUGUUAGAUGUAAUGAAACAUUGGAGCAAUAGGAUGUUGCUGUCAAAGUAAAGAAUUCUGUCACAGAUUAGAGAAGUGAAAAAGUGGAAAAUACCAUGUAUCAUGUAGUUUAGCUGCCUUCUAAUGCACAACUUGCCUCCUAGUGAGCUAAGAUCAAGACCAUUCUUGUUCUGAAAGUUGUAUGGGAUUCCCAUAAUGUUUCUUAAAGUUUCAGGAUUGCUCUAAGUGAGGAAGAGGAGGGGUGGACAGACAUGAAACUAAGAGGCAGAAGGGGAAAAGAUGUUGGGAGAGCCAAAAUUUGAGAAUGGGGGCAAGGGAGAAAUGUGGUGUUCUGGAGAUGGCUACUUUUCUAAUGUAAUUAUGUAGGAGUAAGUAGAGCAGGCGUUACGACAGCAGGAUGUUCCUGAUGAGGCUUCUUUAAAUCGCUGUUCAUAUAACUUGGAGUGACUUACUUUAAUUACAUUCGGUUCCUUCACUUUUGGAAUUAGAAACCCAGAGGAGGAGGAGUGAGCCUUUUCAGCAAGAGAAGGUUUAAUAGAGACAAGCAGACAGAUAUUUAAUGUCACUGAGCACUUCCACAUGGCGGCUGGCACAGGACCAAACUCGAGACACGCAACUCAUCACAGUUGAUGAAAAAUUGGAUAUCACUGCUUUAACUGGUGUUCCAGAUGAGCACAUCAAAACCAGAAAAGUUCACAUUUUUGUUCCAGCACGUAACGCAAUGCAGGCCGGAGUUAACAAUACAAAGAAAUGGAAGAUGGAAUUUGAUAACAGGGAGCGCUGGGAGAACCCUUUAAUGGGCUGGGCAUCUACAGCUGAUCCUUUAUCCAACAUGGUUCUUACUUUCUCUACUAAAGAAGAUGCCAUUGCCUUUGCUGAAAAAAAUGGCUGGAGCUAUGACGUUGAAGAGAAGAAGAUUCCAAAACCUAAAUCCAAGUCUUAUGGUGCAAACUUUUCUUGGAACAAAAGAACAAGGGUGUCUACAAAAUAGGUUGGCAUUGGCUGUCUGACUGUGAAUAAAGUCAGCUGUGCUAUAUUUAUAGUCCAUGUAUAAUACAUCUCUUAAUCUCCUAAUAAAUUUGACCUUUAAACUACA